AUGGGCGUGUGUUGUGUGGUGUCGGCGGCGGUGCGGGUGCUGGUGGUGCAGGCGGUGUGGGCGGUGGUGGUGGGGCAGGUGCGGUACUCGGUGCCGGAGGAAGCCAAGGCCGGGACGGUGGUGGGGCGGCUGGCGCAGGACGUGGGCCUGGAGGCGGGCGAGGCGGAGGCGCGGCGGCUGCGGCUGGUGGCGCAGGGCCGGCGGGCGAGCGUGGAGAGCGCGCCGUGCGCCCUGCGGCUGGAGGUGCUGGUGGAGCGGCCGCUGCGCGUCUUCCACGUGGAGCUGGAGGUCACCGACAUCAACGACAACGCCCCGCUCUUCCCCGCCGCCCGAAAAAACCUCAGCAUCGCGGAAUCAUCUCAUCCGAGUUUUCGGUUCCCGCUGGAGGGCGCGUCGGACGCGGAUAUCGGCUCUAACGCGCAGCUCUCCUACACACUCAGCCCCAGCGAGCACUUCGCUCUGGAUUUACAGCGCAGUGACGAAUACCGAGAAUCCCUGUUUCUGGUGCUGACGAAAGCUCUGGACCGCGAGACGCUGCCCGUGCACCGUGUGGUGGUGACGGCGAGUGACGGGGGCCGGCCGUCUCUGUCGGGCACGAUGGAGCUGGUGAUCUCGGUGCUGGAUGCAAAUGACAACGCGCCCCAGUUCAACCAGUCGGUGUAUAAAGUGCAGCUGCCGGAGAGCGCUGCAGAGGGGACACUGGUGAUUCGGGUGAACGCCACGGAUCCGGACAUAGGAAGCAACAGCGAAAUGACGUUCAGUGCGGUAAAUACUUUUCCCCCAAAGGGAUUUAACCUGUUCAGCUUAAAUCCGAAGACGGGCGAGAUCCGUCUCGGGGGCGCCCUGGACUUUGAAGACGUCCGUUCCUACGAGAUCCAAAUCGAGGCGACAGAUAAGGGGACGCCUCCGCUGUCGGGUCACUGCAAGGUGGUGUUGGAGGUGCUGGACGUGAACGACAACGCGCCCGAGGUGCGGGUGACGUCGCUGUCGGUGCCGGUGUCCGAGGACGCGUCGGUGGGGACGGUGGUGGCCGUGCUGAGCGUGUGGGACCGGGACUCGGGGGCGAACGGGCUCGUGUCGUGCGCGGUGUGGCCGGCGUCGCCGUUCGGUCUGGUGGCGACGCUGGGGCUGCGGGUGCCGGUGUCGGACGUGAACGACAACGCGCCGGCGUUCGCGCAGGCGGUGUACACGGUGCUGGCGCGGGAGAACAACGCGGCGGGCGCGGAGCUGGCGCGGCUGUGGGCGCGGGACCCGGACGAGGCGGGCAACGGGCGCGUGAGCUACUCGGUGUGGGAGGGCUCGGGCGGGGGGUGGCGGUCGGCGUCGAGCUACGUGUCGGUGGACGCGGAGAGCGGGCGUCUGUGGGCGCUGCAGGCGCUGGACUACGAGGAGGUGCAGGUGCUGGAGUUCGAGGUGCGGGCGGUGGACGCGGGGGAGCCGCCGCUGUGCGGCAACGCGACGGUGCAGCUGUUCGUGGUGGACGAGAACGACAACGCGCCGGCGCUGCUGCCGGCCGCGGGCGGCGGCGCGUGGGGCGAGGCGGCGUGGGAGGCGGCGCCGGGGCCGGUGGCGGGGGCGGGGGCGUUGUUGUGGGCGUGGGCGGCGUGGGGGGCGCCGGCGGGGCAGGUGGUGGCGAAGAUCCGCGCGGUGGACGCGGACUCGGGCUACAACGCGUGGCUGCGGUACGAGCUGUGGGAGCCGCGGGGGAAGGGCCCGUUCCGCGUGGGGCUGUACAGCGGCGAGGUGAGCACGGCGCGGGCGCUGGAGGAGGCGGACGGCCCGCGGCAGAGGCUGGUGAUCGUGGUGCGGGACCACGGGGAGCCGGCGCGCUCGGCCACGGCCACGCUGAGCGUGUCGCUGGUGGAGGGCGCCGAGGCGGCGGCGGCGGGGUCGUCGCUGUCGUCGGGGUUGGGGUCGGGGCGGGGGUCCGUUGUCGGUGGCGGAGGGCGGCGCGGCUUUGUCGUGGUCGUCGGUGACGAACGUGUGGCUGGUGGUGGCCAUCUGCGCGGUGUCGAGCGUGUUGGUGCUGGCGGUGGUGCUCGCCAGAGCCGGAGCCUGUGCGUGGCGGAGGGCGCGGGCAAGAGCGACCUGAUGGUUUUCAGCCCCAACUUCCCGCCGCCGCCGCCGCCCGGCCCCGCGGCGAAGGAGACGCAGCCGGAGGCGCCCGCUCUGCUGGACACGAGUCAAUGUGAAGGUCGAAAGGCUUCGCAGACUUUUCCUAUGUUAUUUUUCCAGAUCCAUUCUUGGCUUGAGGAGUGA